GCCAUUUUAAAUGUCACAGUGAGAACUUCACCCACAGGCAAUGAAUAUCUUACCUCUCUGCACGCUGCUUCAGAUUUUGGCAGUUACUGUCCCUCAGAAAACGUUCCUGCAGAUGCCAGCGCGUCAGAUGGUCUCAAUUGGAAAUACAAUUAAAUUGCAUUGUCACACGGGUCAGUUGACAUAUGAUGCCGUUCUAUGGUAUAAACAACAGCUGCGAGAACGUUUGCAAUUCGUUUACACAGUGGGCAAGCACUUACCUCCAGAUGGAAGAUUUUCUGGAGAAGUGAACAGCAAAUCAACUGAGUAUUCGCUUGUGAUUCGCAAUAUCCAGAGAAAUGAUUCUGGUCUAUAUUACUGCUCCAAUAAGAAAUCGUACCUUAACCCAUUAGUAUUCGGAAAUGGAUCAAAAGUCCUCAUAACAGGCCGACCCGAAAUAAUUGUUUUGUUUACACCGCUGGAUGAAAUGUUUUCUUUGGAAUUUGUCCCAUUGAUGUGUUUAGUGAGCAACGUGAUAUCUGAUACUGCUGUCAUCGAAUGGAAUAUAUCCACUUGGGAUGCUAAGGGUUGGUCAGAUUUUGUGACAAUGAACUCUGCCACGGGAUACAGUAUCAUAAGUCAUAUCAGAGUUCCAGCAGAAGCGUGGAAAUAUGGUACAGUCUGUACAUGCUCAGUUCAAAUCAACUCAACUGCAAGUCUUGUCAGUGAAAAGCUCUUAGAUCAGAGAGAACCACCACUCAUCACUUGCCUUUUGAUGUUUCCUGGGGCUAUAAUGGCGAUGCUUGUCCUUGUCGUGAUGCUUACAGUUUUCAUGGGAUACCGCUACAGAAAUUGUGACUUAGGCAACUGGAACACCAAUGAGAGAUCAGAAUUUCGAUCACGUGUUGCAAAACAAGAGACUCUUUAUGCUCACUUGGCUUUUACUGAAGAUCCAAUACUUUGAUAGGACGAAUAAUCAUGAAUUGAAGCACAUGCAAUUUGAUUUCUGACAUUGCACUUCAGUGAGACACGCUUUACACUCAUAAGUGAAGAAGCCAUUUCUCGAAUCUCUGCUGUGUCCAUUUGCUCGGAAAUGCAACUUUAAUUUAGAAGAACGACUGACACAGUGAAACCUGAAGCAUGAAUCCAUACUCCCUCCAGAAGAUUUCAUUGCCUCUGACCAAUACAGUACACAAUUGCCAUUAAUGACUUACCACUUUGAAGCUGGAAUGAUCAAAAUAGAAAAGAUUCAGCCACUACUGUGAAAGGUUUUGUUUUGUGUUAUUAGAUUCUUUAACUUUUGCUGGUAAGACAACCAUUUAUUAAUAAUCCAAAAUGCCUAAUCAGAAAGUGAGCCCAUGUUUCUUAUAUGUGCUGUAGAUUUUGUGAUGAAGAUGCUGUCAAAGUGACAUUAAAGCGUAUGUUGAAUGCAUUGAGUGUUAAACUGACGGUAGUGGGAAGAAUAACAGUAUAUUUCCAGGUUAUUGCGAACAGAAGCUUGGACUGAGGCACCAAAUUUCUUGUGCCUCUCAGCUUUUGUUCUGUUAAUGGGUAGAAAUUGCGAGUGGUUUUUUUUAUGACCUUGGUGAAAGAUAUCUGUAUAUGCUUUCGAUACCCUGCUGCCUUUACAUGGUGAUAGAGGAGUGCAUUUAAAAUAUUGAAUCCCAUGUUAAUCAACCGAUUUUCUUACGCAUAAACACAACCGGUCCAAUAACAUCUUUGGAGAAUGAAGCAGAAUUAAUUUUUCGAAUCGGUUAUAUCGGGGGAUAUCAGGCAGUAUGUACUCACUUAUGAAUGUUUUUAAAAUGUGGCAUACACGUAAUGAUGUUAUGCAAAUUACAGUUCUGCAUGGAAUAACCGUAAAAUGUUUGCUUGAGGAGAAUGGUAGACUGAGGAAUAUAUGAGAAUAUGAAUUGUGGUUUAAUGCAUUUUCACACUGACACCAACAAAGUCUCAUUGACACGCAUUAAAUGUCUGGGUAACAUUUUUAACCUUGAUCUAUCAUCAUUAAAGUAAAGCUAAUAGUGAGAAUUUUCUCAGCUAUAAUCUAUUCCAUAUUUACUGUUUUGAGAAGCUUCACUGUGACAGCUGGGCUGGUGCAAACCAAUUCAAGAUUAUUACAAUGUUCCCUCCUCCUCCCCUUAAUGACACUCAGCUUUGGUGUUUAUAUCAACAAGUGCCGCAAUCUGACUUUUGCAGUUACAUCAUUCAGAACGAAGCAGACCACUUAGUUCUGGUCCUAAACGUACGUCUGAGAACAACUAUUGCAUUCCCUUACACAAAGCAUUUUCUGUGCUGUUGCUCACUUCAAAGUUUCUUCCAAGCAUUCAACACUUGUGACUCAAUUUCACGUGCAAUUUACAAAUCAGAACUUGAAUCUGAUGGGGAAGUUAUUCACUAUUUGUUCAAAUUCAAACUUGCGAUUACAAAACGUUAUUGAGACAGAUGCAGACCACUGGACU